GGGUCCUUUUGCUCAAAAGUUGUUGCUUUGCACACCCGGGAUUUACUGGGCCUUUUAUACUCUGACCUUGCCAUCCCCUGAGGUUGUGGAUCACUGAAACUUUCCCCACACGUCGAGCUCUCCGCAGAAGCAUUUCCUUUGAACAAUGGCGCAAGACACCAAUUCCUCCACAGACAAAGAAAUAACAUUCACAAUCCCUCCCGCCACCUUAGCUGUCUUUCAAUCGAACCCAUGGACGGCCUCCCUGAUCUCCAAAUCCGACUACAGACCCAUCGAGACCUCUGCGCGGGUUAAGAAGCCUCUCGGUGAAGAUGCCUUCUUCGCAGAAACAAUAGCCACGCCGACUACGAUUCCACAUUGUCUCAGUCUCCAGCGACGUAACCCCUCUCCACCACCGUCAGAGGCCCCUUUCCUGCCUCCUCCGCCAGCGAAAUGGCCCAAGAUAACCACUCCGCCCGAUUUGAUCACCCUCUGGGAUUUCGGCAAUCCAGGGAUCAGUGGACACCCUAAUACGGCGCACGGGGGUGUCCUUUCGACAUUAAUUGAUGAAAUGAUGUCCGUCGUUAUUGCAAUGCACAUUCCGGGGUAUACCUUCAAUGAAGCUACUGAACGCGGAAGGAUAUACACACUACAAUUGGACGUGCGAUUCAGAAAUCCCGUUUACGUCCCUGGACUGGCGGUUCUGAAGGUGUGGUGUAUUGCAAAGGUUGGAAGGAAAUUCUGGUUGAGGGCGCAGGUCCUUCAGGAGGAGGGACUAGGCGAACAGAACGGUGGUGCCCAACCGCUGGAGUGGGCUAAAAAGAAAGUGGUUUGCGUAGAAUCGAUGGGAUUCUUCGUGCAGACGACGAACGAGAAGUUAUAGCCGCACCUGUCUCAUUCAUAUUAUAGCUCGAUAUCGG